AUGGCCGAGUCAAAAUAUACAGAUCCUGAGUUGCGGAUUCUGACAGAAAGGUGUCGGACUUACCAAGGAACAGCCAAGGUCAACAUCAGCCAGAUUACCCCCCACCCAUCCGUCUCGCAACAUAUGAACAUGAAAAAUGUGGAAAGACUCUGUGAGAUAUUUGACAAAGAAGGUUGCCGAAGACUUGAUAUCUACAACCAUGUGAGCGCGGUUGUAUCACGGCAGCAUCUCCAUGAGGCUCUUCAAGCAGGACGGGUAGACGCCGCUGACCUGAUGACCGAUCAACCGAAUCGCUACCCACACAUUUAUUUCUCUGCUGGGUCCAUACAGUGCCUUCAUGGCCAACAUCGAUUAAAGGCCGGAGAACACUAUUUACCAUUGAUCGACCAAUGGUGGACUGUUGACUUGUAUUCGGAUGACAUUAGUCCCGAUCUUCAAACGAGCCUUGUUGAUGAAUAUUCGAAUGAGAGAGUUCCAAGCGAUGGUGAAAUUUACCUCAAAGUUCGACAAUAUCGAAAUGAAGCAAAUUCACAUUUCGAGAAUCGAUGGCUGGCGCGGCUGUCAGACAACAAAGCCCGGCGGCUUCGCGGACUUGAGUCUCAUCCGAGUGUCCGGGCUGCUUUUGACUCGUUACUUGUUUUGCCCUCCUUGCUGAUACAUGGAAUGCAAAUCGGAUCUCUUCCGCAGGUUCUGGCUAUUUACUGUGACGAGGAGAUAGUUCACGCGCUAAAUAGACUGCUGCAAUACUGGUCUGCAAUUGUGGGACACGAUCGAGCUAAGAUGCUGAAAGUUGAUCCUCUCACAAUGGAGACAUUGCAACUCCUGGCACCUGGAGUCUCCUCGAAGGAUAGAACAACCGUAAAAGGGCUUUUACACAGUGGCGAAGUAUUCUCAAACUUCACAGAAUCUGAACGAAGAUUGAUUUGGAAGCGUAUGAAGAGGACAGAGGGCAUAAUUCCAUCUCUUUAUACUUUCUUCAAAGAUCUCUGGUACCUAGAAUCAUGCGCGCAGUGCAUCAAACGACUUAUCACACCUUCCAGAUCUUUCCCAACUAUUAGAACCGCCAUGCGCGCGGCCUUCUUGUCUUUUGAUCCCACCCAUGCGCAGCUUCUGAUACAAACAACCGAAGAUGGGUUUAGGACUUAUUCGCACUCCCAGGGGGACCCAGCAGAAAUUGGGUAUCGACAACUCUGGCUCUAUGCUAUGCGUCACUACCCAAAGUUAUCCAAAAAGUCACAGAAGAAAGGGCUUACAGCGAAGCCUAAUAGUGAGAGGGUGGAGCCUAUGAUACUGUAUGAUAUGGCUGUUCUCGCAAAGAGACUUGGGUUUCGAUCGCCACAAAUCGAGCAACUCAUCCAGGAGUCGCCAGAUCGGCAAAUCGCGCAAGAUGCUCUUUUAAGAGCCCGGCGACCAGACUGCUAUCGGUACAACGAGGAAGAAAUUGAGUCUCUGAUCAAUACAGUCACCGAGUGCUUCUUGAAGGCAGUCCCUCUUAACCAUAAGCUUUCAGUGCAAUUCGUUGAUGGAAGAGAAUGCAAGAAAGAAUCUCGAUGUGGAUAUCCGCAAGCAGAAGCUCAAUUACAAGACCGUCAAUUCCUUUUCUUCGACCAACUUCAUGGCGAUUCUCCUCAAAGGGAACGAAAAGCUACUUCCAUUUUGGUGAGGAGAAGUGUCUACUUUAAAUUCUUCGGCGAGCUGCCCAAACCCCGUGAAAAUGACGACACAGUGGGUAGACAUCCAACUCCAGACUUGCCGACGUCUCCGCUUUUUGUUCCAGGCAAUUGUUCACCUCAAGUUGAAGGCGAAGGGUUUAGGUCUAGGGGUACAGGAGCCGGGCAGCAUAGCAGCUUAGAGCGGCAAUGCUCGAAAGAUGCACGACGAGAGCGACGUCAGCAGAAGAAAGCGAAGAAGUUAUGGAGACGACAGCAACGACAGCAGCGAAGGCACCGAUCCUCACAUGCCGACCGUAAUCCUUUGUCUUAUUCGAGAAAAUUAUCAGUUUUAUCUUCCGGGCCUGACACGGAAACAGCGGGCAUUAUAUCAGAAGGCAGAGGGGGUGGAAUAGAAGAGGCAUUACAGUCAACAGUCGAGACCGAAUCGGGACUUCUUGGAAGCAGGGGUACAAUAGUUGGAAACGAGCAGGGUAUUCCCGUUAUGGAACCCGCCGCAGCCGAUCAACUCGAGGAUGGUCAACUCGCUGAGGAAGACCAUGAUUUCAGCCAAGAUGAAGAAUUGGAAGAUAGUCGCGCUGAAUUGGGAUUUGAGGAUGAGCGGCCGCAGGGAGGGAGUGAGGAAAGUAUCCCUGGAGAAUACCCGGAAGAUGCCAGCAUGGAAGACCAUGCAAGCGAACAAGGGAAUGAAGGGAUAGAGACAACAGCGCAAAUUUCUUCAGCGGAAGAAGUUGAAAAAACACUGGAAAUUUUGGAAGGACGUGGGGCAUCGGAGAUCAAAACGGGGCUCUCUAGGACUGUGGGCAGAAGUGCAGCGCUGCGAGAGAAGACCAGGUUCAGACCAUACGACAGCACACAACGACACAGACGAAACACAAAGUUAUCAAUACCACCACAGGAAAUUCUAGAGCAUGAUAUAAACGCACUGUUGCAAACGGCUGCUCAGGAACAGACAACAAGACCUACCACUCAGAUUGAUUUCCUCGACGCGCAAAAUCGUCGUUUGUUGGAGAUGGACGAAAGGCGACCUUCAUGGCUUGUGGCUAGUCAAGUUGAUCUGACUCAAAACCACCAACAUGUGCUGGAAGAAAAAUCAGACUCAGAAUAUUUCGAACUACAGCCGGAAAUCUCGAGCUCAAUUGAUCAGAACUUUGAACGCCAUGGAACUAUGAAUGCUCGGUCGGAGCAGGAAACGCAAUUUUCGGAGUCUGUACCACCGGUCUCUUCGCAGCAGGUAGCCAAGCAUCCUGCUGUGACAAUACUGUUUCGUGCCCGUGAUAAACACGGCGUCUGGAAUCACGUGGUCCACCAAAUGGUGGUUGAUCCAUCUGACCCAUCUCCUGUUGAGCGAAUGGCGUCCAAGAAUGCGCGAGAACGCCAGGCAACGUUCUAUGACCAGAAUCUGCGGCAGGUCGCCCCUGGACAGUGCUUUAAUGCGGCAAUUGAGGAUGGCACGAACACGAUAUUUAUGACGUUCGGCACCGAUCUAGUUGUGAGCGAAGAAACGGUGAAUUCAGUCGCACGGGUACUCCAAGCCGAUUGUGAUCAUGAUAGGCUUACAAAACGCCGACAGUAG